AUGAGCCUCAUAGUUAAGCUGGAGAAACGCUGCCUUCUGCGCAGCCUAGAGGCAUUAACCGUCGCGACAGCACGCGCUCAGCAUGAUAUUGGAAUCUCGGAUGCUCCGAGAUUCUAUGGCAAAUUUAGCGUCCACGAGCAGUACAAAGCAAUUGCAGAUAGCUUCGCUUUAAAUGAAAUACAAAUGUCGGCGAGCAGAGCCAGACAGGCGACACACAAUCCCCGCCAUGGGGAAGACAAGGGACUCGUGCGCGCGACUGACCCGUAG